UAAAUAUAGCACAUAGAAGAAAAUAUUUUUUUUAUUUUCGAUUUCAAUUAAGGAGUUAUAAAUUUCGAGGAAACUGAAGAAACGUAAAACUUGAAUAAAUAACCGAAAAAAGUGUCCUGAUUGUGCAUACUUCAAUUGUGAAAUGGAUUUGCUUUUCCUCAGCAAACGUAUUUUCCUUGGCACCGAGCAGGGCUUCUUGAACGGUGGCAUUAUCGUCGACACAGAGGGCAUAAUACGUAAGGUCUUGCGCACUGCACAAGAGGUGAAUACUUAUGUCUACAACACGGAGUCGGAAGCGGUCUAUGACUUUGGCGACAAAGUGCUUAUGCCGGGUCUGAUAGACGCCAAUGUAAACAUCAGCGAACCGGGACGUAAAGAUUGGGAGGGAUUUGUAACAGCAACGAAAGCAGCAGCUGCCGGCGGUUUUACAACGAUCAUUGAUCGGCCGACUAACACUAUACCCCCAACAACCAGCGUCUCGGCGUUAAAGACAAAAACCGGUGUGGCGCGUGGAAAGAUUUAUGUGGAUGUCGGUUUUUGGGGUGGAUUAGUGCCCGAGAAUGCCCAGGAAGCCGAGCCACUACUAGCCGCCGGUGUUAUAGGCCUACAAUGCACACUUUCGCCUACACCGGCGCCAGUUGGUGAUGCUUUUCCCGCCAUCAAUCGAAAAGGGCUGGAGGCGGUGAUAGAUAAACUAGAAGACGGAACCGUUGUGGCUUUCAAUGCUGAACUUCCAUUGAAGACUCCCAUCGGACCUGAUGAGGAGGAACCCAAAAAAUAUGAGUCCUUCUCGCGUACACGUCCUGCCGAAAUGGAGGUGAAUGCCGUCCAAUUGAUCAGUCAAUUGGCCACUGCAUAUAAGGGCAAACAUAUGCAUAUCAUGAAUGUGAGCUCCGCAGAUGUGCUGCCCAUUGUGGCGCAAUGUAAACGUGCAGGCGCGGACCUAACUGCCGAAACUUGUCCACACUAUCUAACGCUAUCAGCCGAGCAAAUCGAAGAUUGUCACACGGAGUUCAAAGCCCAACCGCCAAUACGCAACAAAUCCAAUCAACCAGCGCUGUGGGAAGCUUUGAAGAAUGGCUGUUUGGAUAUUAUCGCUUCCAAUCACUCGCCAGCGACGCCGGGCGUUAAGUGUUUGAAUUACGGUCGUGCACGUGGCAACUUUUUGAAUGCUUGGCCGGGCAUUUCGUCAUUGCAAUUGGGUCUCUCAAUAGUUUGGACACAGUGUCAGGCACAAGGGCUCGGCAUGGAGCACAUUUAUCGUCUAAUGUGUCAAAAUCCCGCCGUGCUUUGUGGUCUAUCGAGUUUCAAAAGCAGAAUUGAAGAGGGUUAUGAUGCCGACUUUUGCAUAUGGGAUCCGGAAGAGGAAUUUAACGUGUCGGCGGAUAUGCUUUUCUCCACCAAUAAGGCUACACCUUACAUGGACCAACGCUUACGCGGCGUGGUGCAUGCCACGGUUGUGCGCGGCUUGCACGUUUAUCAGCAGUACGAGGGCUUUGGCCAGCCACUGGGUAAAGUGUUGCUGCGUAAAACUACUAAGAAAAUUGUUAAAUUUGUACGAAUGUAAUGCUGGCUUUUUGUUAAUAUGAAGAUUAAG